CACCGCAAUCUCACCUCAUCGAGCGCAUUCACAAAUUAAGAGUCUACGGCAGAGGCACAACUUGGUGAAUCUUUGCGAUCACCGGAGCUAUUGCCUUCUGCAGCUUCCCGAAACUUCGAACCUUACCUGCAAACAUUACGAACUUUUUCCCAACCCUCAAUCAUGGAUACCCCCACCACAAACCAGAGCGAGCAGGCGGCGGAGAGGGAAGCCGGAGUGGUCCCUGAUGCUGGGGAAGGCACAUCGAAACCACAGGUAGACGGCAAAGCCUCCAAUACAUCUGAGAAAGUACCCAAGACGAAGGGCAAGAAGUGUAAAGACCCUCAGAAGAAGUCGAAGGCCAAGUCGAAAUCGAAAAAGGAGAAAGAGGUUCUUAUCAGCGACAGCGACGAUUCGGACUCUACUUCAGACUCGGACGAUGAUAGUGAUAGCGACUCUGAUCUGAGCGAGUCGGAGGAGGAAUCAGAGACGGAAACCGAGAAGGAGAAGCGGAAGCGAAAGAAGAAGGCCAAGAAAGCCAGGCAGAAGGCGAAGGAUAAGCGGAAGGAGAAGAAGAAGUCAAAGAAGAGAAAAGAGGUAUCUUCGGACUCAGACACAGACUCUGAUUCCGACCCAGCAACAGAAGAAGAAGAGCUCUCAGAGAUUGAGGACGACGACGAUCCCCAUGCGGUCGAGGACGCUCAACUCCAACUCCAGCUUAUGCAAAUGCAACAAUUGAGACAGCAGCAACAGCUUGGUCAAGGCGGUCUGAACACCGGUCUAACUUAUGGUCGUCGAAAUCAACUAGGCGGUGCUGCCCUAGCUCGGAUGCAGGCAGCGAGAAAUGCAAAGCAGUUGGCUGCCUUGGGCCUCGAUGGCAAGAGAGGCAAGAAGGAUAAGAGAUCGGGCAAGAAGAAGCUUGCAAGCAAACUUGAUUACCACCGCGUAGAUCAAUUAUGGGACAGCACGAUCCACAACUACAAACUUACCGAUACCGCCGAGGAUGAGGAAAGCUCUGAAUAUGACCAAUAUCUGUUCAACGUUCGGAGAACAUUUGACUGGGAAGGCAAAUACAAGACUACUGUUGUUGAUAUCAAGAGCAAGCUUCUCAAGGAGGCCCUCAAUGAAGUUAUGGAUGGAGUCAAGGGUGUCAGCUUGGUUGAGGAGACACCUUGUAUCGACCCAAAUCUUCUCUUCCUCUAUCUCGAAGAUCUUAGGGAAAUGUGCAAGGAGUUGAAAAACAAGAAGAUCACAGUAAAGAAAGGAAAGAAGAAGGCAAAGAAGCGCCAGGAGACAAAGCGAAAGCAUCUCAAAGUACUUCUGAAAUACCUCGAUAAGGACUACGCCUCAAUCAAGAAGACUCUAUAUCCUAUGUUGGAGUCAGGUAUUAUUACCUUUGACCUUCUCUGGGCACUUUACAAACCCAACACUCUUGCAUACACCACGACAUACGGCUCUGUUGACGAACCUCGUGCCUUCAAGAUUGAAUUAGCCGAGAAGGAAUUUAGCUUUAUGAAGGGAGAAUGGUACAACAUCGAAGGACGCUACCUCGAGUACGAUGGCAAAACUUGGGGUAUGGGCACCAUGGACUGUGAUGUCCCAGGCUUCAAGGGUGCGAGAAAGAUCACAAGUCUGAACUGCUACCCUCUCAAAUACCAUAAGAAUGAGGCAAAACUUCGAGCUGAUCUUAUCACUCGCGGCAAGAAGUUCGUCUCUCUCCAAGGCGUCAAUUACAUGAGUCAUGAGGGCAUGGCUUAUUACAAGAAGCGCAAGCAGAUCAUCAAAGUCAACAUCAAUGGUCGCAUUAUGGUUGAUCCAGCCAUCCAUCGUCGCAUCCUACCAAAUUACAACGUCAGCACCGUCAAGCCAAAAGACCCAGAUUUGUUAGACGAUUCCGACGAUGAUUCUGAAGACGGUUGUGGCUGUGGUAAUGACAGCUCAGAUGAUGAGGAGCAACAUCAUCAUUUUGAACAACGCGAGUCAGGGGACAAGGAGGACGAUGAUGAGCCAAAGACUAGAAUGAAGGUGAUCAAAGACGACAAGGAUCAACCUCGCAUCGUCGAAGUUCCCGUUGACGAGAACGGCCAAGAAAUUGUAGUAGAAAAGCUCGAAGAAGUGCCCAGCAAGAAAGUCACAGAAGGUGCCGAAAAUUCAACAUCGGAAGAUGAUAAGAAAGAGCUUCCUACUUUCACUGAUGAGGAGUAUCUGAUAGCCUCCCCUGUCGUCCUUGGCUUUGCGUUCGCCGAGAAGCUGUGGCUUGAGUUCACGGUUUCUGGUGUUAAGGACAUCGUCUGGAACGAGGGAGCAUACGAUUCUUUGGUCUUGGAAGACAAUACAAAGGCCAUCGUCAAGGCACUUGUUGAGUCGCACAAAUACCACCCAGCUGAAAGCAUCGACGAUGUAAUUCAGGGCAAAGGCAAGGGUCUCGUUGCCGUCCUUCACGGCCCGCCUGGAACUGGUAAGACUCUUACUGCAGAGGGCAUCUCGGAACUCCUUAAAUGCCCACUGUACAUGGUUUCGGCAGGAGAGCUCGGAACCGACCCAAGAACCCUUGAAGGAGAGCUGCAAAAGAUCCUUGACAUUGCACAUGCAUGGGGAGCCGUUCUUCUAUUGGACGAAGCAGAUGUCUUCCUUGAGAAGCGUACUAUUCAAGACAUUCAUCGAAACGCCCUUGUUUCGAUAUUCCUACGCUUGCUAGAGUACUUCCAGGGUAUUCUAUUCCUGACAACAAAUCGUGUUGAGACCUUCGACGACGCUUUCCAAUCGAGAAUCCAUAUUGCUUUGAGAUAUGGUGAGCUCAGCGUUAAGGCAAAGAAGAGUGUUUUCAAGAUGUUCAUUGAGCGAGUUCGCGUUCUUGAGGGUGUUGCUACGAUGCCAUUCACUGAAGAGGACUACAACAAUCUGGCUAAGAACAAUUUGAAUGGCCGACAGAUCAAGAACACAGUCCGCACUGCGCAAGCCCUUGCCGUUAACAAUAAGGAGCCUCUUAGCAUGGAACACAUCAAGCGCGUACUUGACGUCUCCAAUGCUUUCGACCGCGAUCUCAAGGGCGGCCCUGGCUUCGAGGAUGCCAUGCGAGGCUACUUCUAAACAUCUCGACAUUCCACCACCCCUACCAAUCAACUCUCCAUCUCGCCUCGAACAGAUUGUCAUCUUCGACUCUCUAUCUACCU